GGCACGCAGGCAACUAGAAUGACGUGAACGGCAGUUUUCAAAAGCAAAGACAAACGUGGGAGCUGGUAAAAUGAGUGGUGCAAAAGCCUGUGUCUGGAAUCAUUUCACAGAAUGGAGAAAACUGUUAAAUGCACACUUUGCAAUACGAUACUAAGUUAUAAAGGACAGGAUCGAUGAACAGCCAUCUGCGAAUGAAACAUGGCGACGAUGUGCAGUACGGAGCAGCAGGAGCUAGCCCAACCCAAACUAGAAUAAGUAAUUUUGUGGGGUGCUCCCAACAGAGAACGGAGAAAAUUAGCAAGCUGAUCGCACCGAUCAUCCAAGACACACGACCAUUAAGUGAAGUGGAUGCACCAGGCUUCAGGUCUCAUCAACUACGCAGAGCCUUCAUACUCAAUCCCAAGCUGUAGAGGGAUAACAGCACGGAUUCAGCACUUGUAUGAUAGCGAGGAAAGGAAGUCUCAGUUAGCGCAACAAGAACACGUAGCAAUAACUACAGAUUAUUGGACAAGUCUCGCCGUAGAAUCGUACAGCACAGUUGCUGUACACUACUUGGGACAGCACCUGGAAAAUGCAAGGUGGGGUCAUCAAAACAACUGCAAUGCCAGAACGACACACUGCUGAAAAUAUAGUGGCCCGUUUGCAUGACAUAACGAAAGAGUUCAGAAUACAGAGAAGAAUUGUAGCAUGUGUGCAUGACAGUGCAUCAAAUAUGAUGGCUGCUGGACGACUGUGCGAGUGGGAGGAUGUAUCGUGUUUUGCGUAUACAUUGCAACUGUGUGUGAAUGCUGGGUUUGACCAGUCUGGACUGAAGAUGACCAUAGCAGCAGCUAGCAAUUUGGUGCAUUUUUUCCAUCGCAGCACCGUGGCUUCGGCUGUCCUAAAAGUAAUACAAAAACAGUUUGACGCCCCAAAUCAUGCCCUGGUCCAGUCUUGCUGCACCCGCUGGAACAGCAUUUACUUCAUGUUUGAGUGUCUCGCUGAGCAAAGGUGGCCUGUUUGUGCUGUGCUAAGCAAUCAAGAUGUUAUGAAGAAGGGCGACGGAAGACUGCUUGAGAUAAAAGACCGGGACUGGCAGAACGUUCAUGCCAUGGUUCCUAUAUUAAAACCCUUCCAAAUCGCAACAGAGGCAAUGUCAUUGAAGCAAAACGUUUCCAUCUCGUCUGUGUACCCAAUUGUUCACAGACUAAUUUCAAAUCACCUGGUGACGAGUGAAAGUGAAGCAGCACCAGUUAGCAACUUCAAAGAAAUCGUGCUUUGGGAGCUACACAGAGGAUUCAAGAUGAACAGUGACAUGCCAGGAAAUCCACUGAUGAUUGCAACAGCCCUCGAUCCACACAAUCAUCUUUCCUUCAUGGCGCCUGCUCUUCGUAAUGAAGUUUACGGCAACGUCGAGGAUUUAAUUCAAACCGUCACAGCUGUCAACAGUGAAGACACCAAGUGCAAUUCACCAGAAAAAUGCCAAAGGAACCAUCCGCCCGCCUCAGCGCUUUCCUUCCUCCUUGGUGAACAGUAUGGCGUCGGACUCUUGAGUCAGCAUGGGACGAUCUGAAGAAGAGAUGAUGAAAUACUUCAAGGAGCCAGUUGAAGAUCUUCAAGCAGACCCCAGUGAUUAUUGGAGAAGAAACCAGGAUAGAUUUCCUGCUCUGUCGAAGUUGGCAAAGAAGCAUCUUUGCACACCCGCAACCUCUGUUCCUUCUGAACGAGUGUUUUCGGAUGCAGGUCUGGUGGUCAACAAACUACGAAACCGCCUAUGGCCACAAAAUGUAGAUAUGCUACUAUUCUUAAAAGCCAAUCUGAAAUGCACAGAUAUUGAGUAAAAUUCCAGUCACAAUCGGCGCUAUAUGUUAGAAUAAAGACUUUUUUUGUUUAUUUACUAGUUACAUUUCACAAGAGCACGGACAGUGUACGUUAUUUGUUUAAUGCGUUUCUAAUAGUCUAAGCCUGACCUUGAGUUAGAAAUUGUUCCAAAAUACGGGGGUCACUUUUUGUGACGUGCACUUUAUAUCCAGUUGAAUAUAUGAUUUACAUAUUUCGACUUAAAGUAUGCCUCUGUUUAAAGGUACAAAUUAAAUUUAAAAAAAGGCAAAUGUCAUUCAACAACUGUUAAGUUGAAAAAAAGUUAAGAUAAACAGCAAUUAUGAUGCUACUCGGUCUGUUGCAAUUUAAAAGUAAAGUGGUAAUGAAUUUGAAAAAAUAAUUUUAUCAUGAUUUUUUUUUCACUUUAAUUUUGUAACAGUCAUUAUUAUUAAAAUGCCGUGGUUAACCAUUCAACCGGGCUAAAAUUCCAAUGGGUACAUGUGUACUAAAUUGAGCCCAAACACCCAUCCCUAGUAGUGAGGGAGAGGUUUGAAGAGGGACAGU